AUGGGUAUUGCCUCCCUCAUGGCCGGCCUCAACCGUAGAAUCAAAGACUCUCAGAUCCCCUACCUGGAGCUGCCCUCCGGGGCACAAGUCUCUGACCUCAUCCCUAUGACCCAAAUGUGUACCGUGUUCUUUGGUAAUCUGUACAGUGGCAGCACUCCCAUCACUCCCUCUGCCACCUUCUGGAACCAUAUCUACCCCACGCACCUCCCUGCAACUUGUGCUUCUGGACUAGAGGCUCCAAUCAGCUCACCAGAAAUUGAGAGGGCGGUCGGUGCCUUAGCAAGAGGCAAAACUCCAGGUAUAGAUGGCCUUCCUGCGGAUCUGUUUCGUGCACACAAAACAGAGCUAGUCCCAGCCUUUCGCAAGCUCAUAGACAGCAUUCAUAUGCACAACUGUGUUCCUCCCACCAUGAGCGAAGGACGUACCAUCCUCAUACCUAAGAAAGGCAAUACAGCCCUUGUCGAGAACCUCCGCCCGAUCACGUUGAUGAACGCAGAUUACAAAAUUUUGGCCAUCAUCUUGGCCAACCGUCUACAAGGUGUCCUCCCUCGUGUUAUCCAUCACGCUCAAACUGCGUUUAUUAAGGGACGUAGAAUCGGGGAUACCAUCAAUGAUACGCUCGAUAUCAUGGAUUGGGCCCUCACCAAAAAACUCCCCCUGCUCGCCCUCACUGUGGAUAUCCGAAAGGCUUACGAUAUGGUCGACCGGGAAUUCUUGUUUCGUUGCCUCUCCCGCCUCGGAAUCCCUGUCGGUUUUAUCACAUGGGUCCGCAGACUACACUCCAAAACUCACACUCACGUGUCAGUCAAUAACUCCACAGGCCCACGCUUCAGAGUGCUUACCGGUGUGAGACAGGGCUGCCCUCUCGCCCCCCUGCUGUUCGUCUGUGCCAUAGAGGUUUUGCAACGUCACCUGGCUGCGGCCCUGCCAGGCUUUGCAAUCUCGCCCACACAACGCAGACUCAUGGCAUGCUAUGCCGAUGACGUCACUGUCUUCCUCAACUCAGAUGCCGAACUCCAUACCGCAAAGGCAUGCCUGGAGUCCUUCGCACGAUGCUCGGAGGAACACCCCAAUUGGAGCAAAUGCGCUAUCUUACCCUUCAACAUGGACGGUUCCUCCAUCUCCUCCACUGACCAAAUCCCCAUUCGCAAACCGAAUGAAGCAGAACGUAUCCUGGGUAUCUUUGUCGAACAGGACAACCCGGGCCAUACCACGUGGGAACAAAUUCUUUCCAAAGUCCGCAACACUGCAAACUCCCUCUCCCGCCUCCACGCUACAACCACUUGCCGGAGUUUGUUUGCCACAGAACGUAUGGCCUCGGUGUACGCCUUCAGUGGGCUUCAGCCAUCCCCAGCACAUGUCGAAACUCUCUUAGACCGCGUCGUCGGUGUGUUUCUCUCCUCAUCCAGAUACAAGGAAGAAGGGCGGGCACAAUGGUACAUCCCCAAACGCAUACUAUACAAUAAAAAGAAGCAUGGUGGUGUGGGCGCAUUAGAGCCUUCGCGUCAUCUCGCUGCGCUCAACAUUCAACGAGCAUGUCGCCGUUUCUUACCAACUCCCUACGAGGACACCGCCCGGGAAUGCUGCACUCUUCCCUACGGAUUGCACUGCUACCUCGCACACCCCGACAUUCUCAAACACUUACCUGAAUCGACUCCCCCUCGGGCGCUGGCGGAACUGAAAAGCCUUUUGGACGCUCCUGCAAAAAUCUCAAAGCCGCGCUUGGAGCCAUGGGUCUUGAUGGCUGAGCCAGUGGCUUUUAACAGAUUCAUUCAUAAGCCAGACAAGAAACCUUUUGGCCGUGUUAAAGACGAAUUCUUUCUGUUAGAUAAACAAAUUCGUCUUGGAGACCUUAUUCGGCCUGCUCCAGGGGGGUCGCGGCAAUUGACACCGUCCGAAUUUAGGGCUGUAUACCCGCCUAAGAAAUACCCAGGUGGUCUACGAAUAUUGCUAGCCAUUUACAAAGCGGUUCCCGACGAAUGGUGGGACGUGCUUUACGAUUUCACUCCACGGCCGGACUACCUUCGCAUUAACGACUGGGCUUUCGAAGCAGACCCAACCGAUCGUAGUCCACGGGUGCUUCGGGUCAAGCAGAUUUUGGACGACGGGCGUGUCAGAUUUGACUGCCAUGAAGUGACGCAGGGGAGACAGGUGAACAUGACGCCUUCUGGAAUCAAGACCUUACCUGCAGCAGCUGUCAUUACGGUGUGUGUAAUCGGGAAGUGGCUGGCGGGAACCUUCUGCUCGGGAGCGGCGCUCGGAGUCCGACACGAGCUACUUCGUCAACGGCCGUCGCUAGCCACGAUUCGUCAGCAGCUCUACAAACCGCAACGCCUCAAUCAUGUCGAUCGGUGGAAUGAGGCCCUCUCCUUCACUCUACCUUCAUUACCCGACCUCACCCACCCUUUUCUCAAGGACCAGACCAGUCUGUCGCUGCGUGUCUUGUGUUCUCUGGUCAAUUUCCCGGCUUGGCUGACGGCCAUGGCGUUCUCGCGGAGUCUAUUUCGGGCAGCAAACGCCGUGAAGAGGAGCCAGAAGGAUGGGAGUUUCUCGCGGCUGUGUAAUCAGGCAUUUCGCCCAUUGACCACGGAGCUGCACGCGAAGCUGCAGGAGGUGGUGCCGCAGCAGCAGGAGCGCAUUCGGCAGAUCAAGUCGCACUACGGCAACCUGUCCAUGGGCAAAGUCACCGUCAACAUGGCGAUUGGAGGAAUGCGAGGGGUGAAGGGGUUGGUGUGGGAGACUUCGCAGCUCGACCCUGAACAGGGCAUCAAGUUCCGCGGGUACAGCAUCCCCGAGUGCCAGCACCUGCUGCCCAAGGCCGUGAUCGAUGGCGAGCCCAUGCCCGAGGGGCUGCUCUGGCUGCUGCUGACGGGCGAGGUGCCUACCAGAGAGCAGGCGGCCACAGUCACGCACGAGCUGCACGAGCGAGCCAAGAUGCCCGAGUACGUGCACACGGUGCUGAACGCCCUGCCCCGCGACAUGCACCCCAUGACGCAGCUGUCCAUUGGUGUGAUGGCGCUGCAGAAGGGCAGCCGCUUCGCCCGCGCGUACCACGAGGGCAUGCCCAAGAGCAAGUACUGGCACCUCGCUUAUGAGGACGCUUUGGACUUGAUUGCGACCCUGCCCCAGGUGGCAGCACACAUCUACCGGCACACGUUCAAGGACGGCAAGAUCAUUCCGCCCAACGAGAAGCUGGACUACGCUGCCAACUUCGCCCACAUGCUGGGGUUUAACGACCCGCAGUUCCAUGACCUCAUGCGCCUCUACCUCACCAUCCACGCGGAUCAUGAGGGAGGCAAUGUCAGCGCCCAUGCCACCCACCUGGUGGGCAGCGCCCUGUCAGACCCCUACCUCUCCUUUGCUGCUGGCCUCAAUGGUCUGGCGGGUCCUCUGCACGGCCUUGCUAACCAGGAAGUGCUGCGCUGGUUGGAAGAGGUAAAAGCUGACGUGGGGCCGGACGCAGGCAAGGACGAGUUGAGGGACUUUGUGUGGCGCACGCUGCAGAGCGGCAAGGUGGUGCCGGGCUAUGGCCACGCUGUGCUGCGAGUUACAGACCCCCGCUACAGCUGCCAGCGCCAGUUUGCGCUGAAGCAUCUUCCUCAUGAUCCGACCUUCAAGCUGGUGUCCAACCUGUACGAGGUCGUCCCCCAUAUUCUCCUCGAGACGGGCAAGGUGAAGAACCCCUGGCCCAACGUGGACGCGCACAGUGGCGUGCUGCUGCAGCACUACGGGCUCACCGAGGCCAGGUGGGUGGCUUCGCUUGUCCUCUAG